ACACACACACACACACACACACACACACACACACACACACACACACACACACACACACACACACACACACACACACACACACACACACACACACACACACACACACACACACACACACACACACAGAGAGAGAGAGAGAGUAUAUAUGGGACUCAGGCGCUACGCUAUGUUAUAUCCGAUGGGGGGCGCUGUGGGGCUGCCGAGGUGCCGCUGAGCCAGCGGGGAGUCCUGAGGAGGAGGAGGAGGAGGAGGAGGAGUAACCGGACACCGACUCACAGAGCGGCCCCCGGCCGGUCAGAGAGCAGCGGUGUCCGGCGGCAGCAGCACGGAGCAGCGGGGCGACGAGCGGAGCCACACCGAGCACCGACAGCUGAGGAGCGGCCGCAGCUCCGGUUCUCUCCCCGGACUUCAGCAGCUGUUACCGGCCCUUCUCCGCCUCCUCUCGCUCAACUGCGGACGAAUAACGGAGUUACCGAGAAGUGAAGUCCAGACACCGGGAGCAUGAAGAAGAACUGCUCCGGGAAACGGGGUCCACAGGACUCUGCUUUGCAGAACCUUCAGCCCGAUAAAGUGGGUUGGAUCCGAAAGUUCUGCGGGAGAGGGAUCUUCAGAGAGAUCUGGAAGAACCGGUUCGUGGUUGUUCGAGGAGAUCAGCUGUUCAUCUGUGAGAAGGAGGUGAAGGAGCCGGGUCGGGCUGACGAGCUGUUUGAUCUUUCUGAUUACGAACGCUGUGAAGAAAUCCGCAAGAACAAGAGUCGCAGCAAAAAGAGUCACAGCAAGUUCCGACUGCAGCGCUGCAGCUCGCCAGGCAACACGGCUCCGAACCUGAUCUUCCUGGCCGUCAGUCCCGAGGAGAAGGAGUCCUGGAUCAACGUCCUGAACAUCUGCAUCACCAGAGCAAAGAACCGGAUCCUGGACGAGGUCACCACCGACGAUUCGCAGCUUUCUCAUCUGACCCGGGAUCGAGUGAAGAUUCCUCACAACCGCCGGCUGCCGACCAGAGGCCACCUGCUGGCCGUGGCCUCCACCUCGUUGUCGGAUGGGACUUUGACUCUGGACCUGAUUCAGGAGGAACACGCUCCGUCAAAGGGAGCAGUCGUUUGCGAUGCGCUCAGGGUCAACCUGGACACAUGUCUCCUUACUUCAGACUGUCCCAGGUCCAAAACUGAGGGCACUCUUUCUACCAGGGCCGCUGAGGCUUCUGGGAAAUCCCACAGCCUUCCACGUGAGGUGGCAGUGGUGUGGGAGCAAACCCCUCAGCCAGCAGCGCGUCGGAGGACGACGGGGAAGAGUCGCUGCGUCUCCAUGGACGAGAUUCUUUCACAUUCAGAGACUGAAGGUUCAAACAAAGACACUGUGACCAGGUCAACAUCCACCGUGACGCUGAUCAACCAGCUGCAGGAGCUGAUUGGCCAGAAGCUGCAGAGGACGGAGCAGCUGCUGACGGAAGUGCAGUGGGAGGUGAAGGGGGAGGAGCCGGCCGAAGCAGAGAAACUCCUGAAGGAGGCAGCGACAGCCUGGCGUCAGGCCCGCGAGGUUCUGGAGGAGGUCAAGGAGCUGAGGGCAUUGUAUCGAGAACUGGACUCGUCUUCCCCCGUCAGUAAGAAACCGAACCCAGACCUCAGAACCUGAUGGGACUCAGUCUGGUUCAAAACCGGUUCAGUCUGGACCAGAGACAUUCAGGGUCAGAAGGAGACGGUUCAGUGUCCAGUGAUGUGAAACGUUCCCAGAAGACCAGGAGCAGAAAUCCAGCUGAGGUCACGAUUCCGUCCACUCACCUGACCUCCCUGAUCGGACGGAAGGAAAAUGUGCCAACACAAUUUAGACCAAAAGAAGAACCUCAGAUUCUAAGUCUCCUUCAUUUCAGAAGAUGAUGAAGUUUUAUGCAACUGGACACGAAACUGGAGAACAGGCGGUACGCAGAAUUCCAUUUCCUCAAAAUGUGACGAAGUCUCCAUCACACAGAGAAGGUUCUGACUUUUGAAUGGACGACCGUAACAUGAAGUUACAGGUUCAACAUGAAGGAGUUAGUGACAUUAUAUUUUAGACAUCUAGUGGUGAAGUUGCAUAUUACAAUCAACUUAACCCGGAGGAGACAAGAACUGGGAGGAGCAGCAGAACAUGACGUGUAAACUCUGUUAGUUUCCACCUCGUAGUUUAGAGAGCGCACUAAGGAAACAAACUUACGUCCCAACAGCUCAGAUUCACUUAGAGACUCAAUGAGCUCUCACUUUAAGAACCAGGUUCUGUUGGUCCUGGUUGUUUCAGGUCUCAGUUAAAGAUCAGAUGAAUGUCCUCAAAUACAAAAACCUUAUUUACAGACACUGACAAACAAACCACACCAGGUCAAGAUGAAUUAAUUAAUGUUCUGAGGCAAAGUCAGUAAAAUCUCUUUAAGGGUAAGAACUUGCUGAGUCAUCACUCAUUUUAUGUUUCUCACAUCUGAUCUGUUUUUUUCUGACAUGAUUUUGAAAUGAUGAUCAGAGGCCCGAUGGUGAAACCUAGAUUUUAUCAGAAUAAAGUAAAUUUGUAAGAUGGAAACUUUGAUUGAAUAAAACGACAGUUUGAUCCAUAAACUUCUUCCCUGAUUCUCAUCAGUUAUAUCAUCAGGCAGCUGAUCUGAAUCCAUCCGGACAUGAUGACAUCAUAGCUUGAUAUGAUGACGUCAUCAAGCUCAGAACGAAAUGUACAAGAACUGAGACGUUUCACUUCCUGUGUGUGAAACCCUGCUAAUAGUUAAACAGCUAUAGUUAAACCUAAACAACUGGACGCAAGAAGAAAAGGUUUGAUUCUAACUCGAUCAGUUUUAAUUACAUUAAUUCACAUUUUGUUACGGUUCUAGCCUGUUGAUCAGCAAAACAUAUUGUCAUUAAUUCUUUCGUUUGUCUUCAUCUCUUUUAUCUGAAUUAAUUAAUUUUAUCUUCAAGAAAAACUCCUGAAUCUUAGUUAAUUGACAAACUUAAGAAUCUGACAAAUUAUUAUUGACUUAUUGAAGUAGACGACUCGACGAUAUUUGACUGAAGAAAUCAGUUUUAAUGAAAAACAUCUGGUUACAUCAACGAUCAGACGACAAUAAAAAAAUAAAAUCCAAACCACAGAAAGCAACAUGUACGACGUCACUUGUAUUUACACGGGGCAACCGAGUGGCGCCGCCCAGCAGGGGGCGAUGUUACAGUCCGAGGUCACAGCUGGACCUCUGCUUGAGAAAAUCCAGAAAAGAAAAAGAUGUUUUUUAACCUAAGGUUUCUUCCUGCAUCAGGAAACAGAACCCGACACCAGAGUCUGUCCACGAGAAUAAAAAUAGUUUGUGUUGUUGCUCAAUUUUCAUCUGAUGAUCUGUGUUUUUUUUUACAGCAUACAGUCUCUGCUGAUAAUAUCAGCACUGACUACACUGUAAAAAGUUAAACAUGUUAAUGUUGAAGCCGAUCUGUCACAGCUGUUUCCUCUCUGUCUGAGGCGACGCCUGGCGGGGGGGGGGGGGGGGGGGUUU